CGCUUUUCAUCUUCUUGGCUCUUUUUUGCCUAGAUUCGCUCCACUCUUAAAUUUCUCUCACUAUCUUCUUCAUUUGCUUCCUUCCUUCUCUCACCCCAACAAAUCCAUUGCUCUCUCUCUCUCUCUCUCUCUCUCUCUCUCACGAAAAUGGCGAAACUGGUGAUGUUGUUGGUUCUUUGUAUUUUGCCGGCGAUUGCCAUGGCGGCAAGGAGGGGAAGAAUUGGUAAGAAUACAAUGGUGGUUCAAGGUCGCACUUACUGUGACACUUGCAAGUUCGGCUUCGAGACUCCUGAAUCCUCCUACUUCAUCCCCGGUGCGACUGUGAAGCUUGUGUGCAAACACAGACAGACAAUGGAGGAGACUUACUCAGACGAAGCUGUAUCAGACAAACAAGGAUACUACAAGUUCAUUGUCCACGAAGAUCACAAAGACGAGAUGUGCGACGUUAUGCUUGUCAAAAGCUCUGACAAAACCUGCGGCAAAAUCUCCGUCGGACGCGAGCAGUCCCGCGUGAUCUUGAACCAUUACAGUGGCAUCGCCUCGCAGAUCAGGCAUGCUAACAACAUGGGAUUCGAGAAAGAAGUCAGUGAUGUCUUCUGCUCUGCACUCUUCCAGAAGUACAUGGUUGAUGAAGACGAGGAUGAUAUUAAAAGCCAUCUCUGAAUAAUAACUCUCUCUCUAUAAUUUAAUCUUUUAUGAUUUGCUGUUUUCAUCAUUUAAUGAGUUGAGAGUUUCGGGUAACGAAGGAGAGAUAUAUUUGUAUUUGUUUGAUUUUACUUAUUUGGUCUUAGAAGAAGAUGAUGAUGACUCUGGUGAUCGGAGACACUCUGUUUGUGUAAGCGUCUUCUUAUAUGUUGAUGUGUCAUUUCCUUGCUCUGGAAAUGUCUUUUAUUAUUAAAAAUACUCUUCAUUCUUCGUCC